GGACAACUGUAUUUGGAGCAUGAACUUAUCCAAACCUCUAGUGAAGAAGAUGAUGCAAAAAGGCUCAGACCUGACUUCAGACGUAGAUUUCUAUUGGGAGCGAGAACCCUAUAAAUGUCGUCUUUGUAGAUAUUGUGAAAGCCAUGAAAGGCUUCAGUAAGAUGUGACCAUCUACGGCUGGGUAAGACUGUGUGACAAUUGAGAAUUAUAAAGCCACCAACAAAGAGAAGACAAUGGUGAACACAUCUUUCUAUAGCAACAAGACUCAGGUUUCCUACUAUAAUGUAUGGACCACUAAGAAUAUGCAACUCAUAUUCCUGGCAGUUAUCUUCCCAAUCUUCUGCUUGUGCCUUUUAUCUGUUAUAGUCAUAUUAUGUGUGUUCUUCACCACUUCUCAUAUUAGAGAGAAUGUCCGAUAUCUUCUGUUCAGCCACAUGCUCAUCAGCGACUCCUUACAACUUACACUGGCCAACACUCUUUUUCUAGCAGCUAUAUUUAGUGUCUAUAUGCCAGUGAAAUAUUGUUGCAUCAUAGUAGCAAUAACAGUCACCACAUGUGUAAUUACCCCCUACAAUUUGGCCCUCAUGUCCUUGGAACGCUACAUUGCUGUUUGUUUCCCACUAAGGCAUGGAGAGAUAUGCACGGUGAGGCGGUGUAAUGUGGCCAUAAUAGUGAUCUGGGUGAUUGGAGCACUUCCUGUAUUGACUGAGAUUAUUAUAAUGUCUUAUUUUACAGACAAAAAUUUUUUUUCUUUAAAGAAGAUGUGUAUAUGGAGAUUUUUACAAAUAUACAAGUUUCAAACCACAAUGAGGUUCCUGGUUUUUUCCCUCAGCUUCGGUAUAGUGGUGCUCAUUAUAUUUUACACCUAUAUCAGAGUCAUGUUAGUUGCUCGAAAGAUUGGAUCAAAGCAGUCUUCUGCCUUCAAGGCAACUAGAACGGUCUUGAUCCACAGUUUUCAGCUCCUGUUAUGCCUGUGUUCCUACACCAACAUUUUUACAGAGACUCUCUUCAAAAACCACUAUGCCUACAUGGCCCUCACCAACUUCUUUGUCUUUACCUGCUUGCCACAGUAUAUCAGUCCCUUCAUUUAUGGGAUAAGAGAUGAAGUCAUCCGCAAAUGUAUACGGAAAUUGUUCUGUCCGCCUUAGAAAUCAAAAUCUUUGCUCAACUUAAAAAUGUAAAAAGAAAAUAAAUUAUCAACUAUAAAAUUGUCUGAGUCCCUUUCAAUUUAGAUCGGUAAAAAUAUAAUGUAAAUGUUGGUAUAACAUCUUUAGGUCUCAAAAAUGGCCUUGGGCCAGCACAAACUCAUAAAAACAUGCUUUAUGUAAAGUGGCCCUCCGGUGAUGGUCUGGCGGCGGGAUACCUUUUUAAAAUUCCCAACUUACAUCUUCUGAUGGCUUUAGUUUCAGGCAA